AUGCGGCUUUACAAAGCCACCUUAGCGACGGCACCAACAAGCAGAGAAGAUUCAGCCACUGCAUUAGAGAAUCUUCCAUGGAAGGUCAGCAUUGAAGCAGCAAACAAGCAUGUCUGUGGAGGGGUGAUCCUGAACAGCUGGUGGAUCUUGUCUGCAGCUCACUGUUUCACAAAGGAAAUUCCUCCAGAUCUCCAGAUAGUAGUUGGCUUGAAGGGGUACCCAGAGACAAGACGUGAGUUGGAUAGAAUAAUCAUCCAUCAGGAUUUCAAUAGUUCAAGCAUGGCCAAUGACAUGGCUUUGAUCUUGCUGGACUCUCCCAUAAAGUUCAAUGAAGAGAAGAUGUUCAUUUUUCUGCCCUUGAUGCAUGACCUCCACAUGUGGAAAGACUGCUGUGUUACCAGAUGGAACUCCAGCAUGGAAGGUGAUCAGAAGAGACCAAUCAGUAUGCUAGAGAAAGUGGGAACGACUCUGAUAGGCAGCGAGCAGUGCUCCAAGAGCGUCCAGGAGCUGCCGGAGGAUGGGCUGUGUGCCAUCUCUGAGGAAGGCAGGAGGGACGUCUGUGAGGGUGACAGUGGGGGCCCUUUGGUUUGUACCUACGGAGACAUCGUCGUGAAAUGGUUUGUGGUCGGAAUAGCGGGUCGGGGGGACAGCUGCAGAGGAAAGGAGAGUCCUGCAGUCUACACUCUUGUUUUUCGCCACCUUGACUGGAUACAGACAGCGACUGCUAGAGAAGGGAAGCCGUUUAUACCCGAAGGCAUGGACAUCACUGGCACCUCAGCCCGCUCAGGAGCAGUGGAGCGUCAUGUUGCUUUUGAUUUCCCCCUCUGUAUCCUUGCCUGUUUGAUAGCGAUGGUUUAUGAAUCAUACUGA